AUGGUUUCCUUCAUCCUCUGCCUUCUCCCUGCUCUCCUAGCUAUGAGUGCACAAGGUGAGACCCUGACAUGUAACACGUGCUUUGGCCAAACGGACACCUGCAGUUUUGCUCCAGGGACCUGCCAAGACAACAAGGCUACUGGUGGCUGCCUCUCCGUGGCAGAAGCUAUUACACUGGAUGGGACACAGAACACGUACUUCUACAAACAGUGUCUGAGUAGCUAUAAGAGUGACAUCGAAGUCCCCAUCUCCUUCACUGUUGGGAAUGGCAAGUAUGUGAGGAUCAACACCACACGAUGCAACACAGAUAACUGUAACUCGGCUGUACUUGGAGUGCCCACGGGGAGCACCACCGAGAAUGGGCUGCAGUGCCCAACCUGCUUCGCUCUGAACUUCACUCUCUGCAACAGCUCAGUCACCCCUUGUAACGGGGACGAGACCUAUUGCAUCGAUUUCACUGGGUUUCUAUACCAAGGUUCAUCUCCUUCACCAUUUCAAGCGAAAGGCUGCGCUACUGCAUCUGCUCAGGCCAUUAAACCUGGAGCCAACCUGAUUUCUACACCCUACACGUUCUCCUUUUUUUGGGGGCAAAGUGUUCCAGCACAGAAAAUACCCACCAGUGGGGCCAGCCCGGCUCUGGGGAAAUUCUCCUUUGCCCUCUACCUGCCUGGCCUGACUGGGCUGCUGCUGGUGAAGCUGCUCUCCUGACCCCGCCCGGCACGGCCCACGCAGCACCUGGUGCCUGUGAAUAAAGGCCUGAAGUCCCAGCUACCCCCCUCCGAGGACCCUCCGCGCUGCCGGGGCGAUGCAAAGGGGCUGCUGCAUAGCCAAGGGUCUGCCCAGCGUAUGGGUGUGUGUCUGUCCCGGUACCUCGCGGCUGGCUGGAAUCUCUCUGUGCAUUAGCAAAUUCACCGAAUAAAUCAG